CAGCGGGGACCGUCUUUGUUUUCCCGGCGGCGCCACGGUGCCAGAGUGUGGCCAAUAAUGUGUCUGGGGGGCGGGGAGGCGGAGCGGCAGCGGCGCGGUGUGCAGACCCACUGAGGGCGGCGGGGUGCUGAGGAGAGGACGGAGCGGCAGCAGCAGCAGCAGCAGCAGCAGCAGCAGAGAUGGACUCACACCUCUGAAGCACAACUCACCCUCCAGCCAGGCAUCACGGACUAGUUGUCUUUUCUGUCUUGGUAUUUCUUUUUUGGUUUUGCGCUUGGUGCCCCGGUGGAGUGGAGCCGCCAACAACGCAGGAGCGGGGGGAAGGUUUUCAGUUGCAUUCCGACGCCCGUCCAGUCCAGUCCCGCACAGUCUCUCUCACCUGCACGGCCGGUGAGGAGCUCCGCUGGCACAGCCAUGACUUCAAAUAAGUGCUUACCUGAACUGGUGGCGGAGAAAAACACCCUGGACCCCUCUUUUGUGCACGCGCUGCGCCUGCUUGCAGAAGAGAUUGAAAAGUAUGAAGGCGACGAUUUGAGAAAAGAUGGCGACAUAAAGAAAUACCUAGAUAUCAUCAGCAAUAAAAAUAUCAAGCUCUCCGAAAGAGUUCUCAUUCCAGUGCAACAGUAUCCAAAGUUUAAUUUUGUUGGGAAGCUGCUGGGACCACGGGGGAAUUCCAUGAAGCGAUUGCAGGAGGAGACUGGGGUGAAGAUGUCCAUCCUCGGCAAAGGAUCCAUGAGGGAUAAAGCUAAGGAGGAAGAACUCAGGAAAAGCGGGGAGGCCAAAUACGCCCAUCUGAGUAAUGAUCUGCACGUUUUAAUUGAAGUCUUCGCUCCACCUGGAGAGGCCUAUUCCCGCAUGAGUCACGCCUUGGAGGAAAUAAAAAAAUUCUUAGUUCCAGACUAUAACGACGAGAUCAGACAGGAGCAACUGAGAGAGCUGUCCCUGCUGAACGGCUCCGAAGAGUCGAGCAGGGGGAGGAGUGCACCGGGAAGGGGCGCGCGGCCGGCAACCGCAAUAUCCACAAGGGGCCACAGAGGCACGGGGAGGAGUGCGGCGGCGGCGGCGGCAGCAGCAGCGGCACCUCGGGGGCCAGCGGCAGCAGCAGCGGCGCACAGCAAACUUCCCACGACCGGUUUAACGAGGGAGGUACAAGCGCCGAGAGCCAGGGGGGCGGCGGGGAGUGCUGCAUACAGGGUCCCGCUGUUAGCAGUCACACAUGAAUCCUAUGAUGACUACGGCUACGAUGAUGGAUAUGGAGGAGAAUAUGACGACGAGAGUUACGAGCCCUACGAGGAUAACUACAGCAACCAGUCGAAGAGCAUUUCCGAUUACUACGAAUACGGACAUGCGACCAGUGAUGAAUCCUACAACAACUAUGAGGAGGAGUGGCCGACCGCCCGUCCCAGUCUCAAAGCCCCGGCUUUACGGCUGACGAGAGGGGGCUACAGGAAACAUCCCUAUGGUAGAUACUGACGGUGCUCCGGAUAUGUGACCUCCCAAACGUUUUUCAAACAAAAAAAAAUGUUUAUAAUUUUCUUUUUUAUUCCUGGUGAAAAGUUGUGACUUUUUCGUCCGUCUCCUUGAGAAAGUGAAGUAAAUAAAUAACCCCCUGUAGCACAUAAAUUCUCAAAAUCUAACAUUAUGCAGUAUUCUGGGUUUUAUUACUCAUGAAGGGAAGAGUUGUUUUAUGAAAAACACAGAAAUUCAAUCAAUGCACAGGAAGGUUGCUCUUUAAACACCUUUCAUUCCACCUCCAAGGAAAUACAGUUAUUUCAGAUUUUUUUCCCAUAUCUAAGGUCUCAGAUUUUGACAAAGUAGUUUACAUUAACUGCCUUUAAUGGACAGAUUAUCAAAGUCUAAGAUAAUACAUGUUAGUCAGAUUAGGCAAAAGAAAUGAAGUAAAAAAAGUAAGUACAUUUUUAUUCUCACAUCCUCUUGAGCAUGUCCUUACAUAGGAACAGUCUACAGUAUGACAAGCAACUCUUAAGACAUUUGGUGUCAUUCUUCUUUUACAUUUAAAUUGUCAAAACAUAUUGACAUUUUCCAAUAAUUUUUUCUGUACAAGAAAACCGGACACAAACCCUGUUUAGCUUGCGUUUGGUCAAACCAAAAUUCAUUUAUAGGCAGGAUGAGUCUAUAACCAGAUGUGGAGCCAACAUGAUGCUCACAUUAAAUUUGAAAUAAUCUCAUUUCAUCUCCCUCACCUCUCUCUCCACAGUUCCCUGAUUGGUCAGGCUGUGGGGCUCAGUUUGGUUUAUGUGGAUCUUUCCCAGACUUGUGAGAUUCAGUCUGGCUUGUUUGGACAAAUUGGUUUUUCCCACAAAUGUAAUCGUCAUAUGGCUUCAUAAACAUACAUCUUUAUUUUGUUCCUCCUAAUUUGUUUUAGCUUUUAGCUGCAGAUCAGUGUGUGUGCAGAAAUGCGUAUUACAGUAAAGGACAGACAACCACGCACUGAUCUGGACACAAAUGACCUGAUAAACUCCAUUAAAGGCAACAGAUGAGGAACUAAACCCUAAAGACCUGAACGCAAAGUAACUGAAGUGACUCAAUGUCCCAAACAUUUGUUUUAAACAUGUUUAAUGUUCAGAAAACGUUUCCCCCAUAACUGAUACUGCUACUGCUACUACCUGUGUGAAACUCUGAUGGUAAAAAACGGAUGCGUCAGCCUAAAGUUAGUGACAUUGUGAUUUGAAAAAAAAAUAAGAUGUGAGAUCGUAAUUGUGAAAAACACUUUUUUUGGGGGGGUGGAAAGCGAUCAGCAAUAUUCAGUGUGUAAUUUAUAACACGUGCUUUGUUCUGUGUGUAAUCUGUAUUUGUACAUAAAGCAUUUAAUAAA